GGCGGGGACGUGCUGGCCCGCGGCGGCCGGGGCCUGGGGGCGCUCGCGGCGGCGCUGGCGCCCAACGGCGCGCUGCUGCUGGAGGAGCCGCUGCGCGCGCUCGACGACCCCGCGGCCGAGGACUUGCUACGCCGACACGACCUGCAGCUCGUCUCGAGACAGGUGGCGACGAGCUGCGAGUACCUGCUGCUGCGCAAGAAGCGCGCGCUGCCCCCGACGCGCGUCGUCGUGGACGUCGACGACGACGCCGGCUUCGGCUGGGUGGGCCCGCUGCGCGACGCGCUGCAGCGCGCGGAGACGGAGGACAUGCGCGUGUACGUCGUGUCGCGCGCCCAGGACAGCGGGGUGCUGGGGCUGGGCACGUGCCUGCGCGGCGAGGCGGGCGGCGGGGCGCUGCGCGUGUUCCACGCGCCGGGCGCGCGGGAGGCCUUCGACCCCGCGGCGGGCGCCUUCGCGGCGCAGGCGCAGCUGGACUUGUGCGUGAACGUGUUGCGCGCCGGCGUGUGGGGCUGCUACCGCCACAUGCCGCUGAGCGAGCCGGCCGCCGCGCAGCUGCAGGUGGAGCACGCGUACGUCAACACGCUGACGCGCGGCGACCUGUCGUCGCUGCGCUGGAUCGAGUCCCCGCUGCGCUGGGCCCGCGAGGUGCCGCAGCCGCCGGGCACGGACCUCUGCCGCGUCUACUACGCGCCGCUGAACUUCCGCGACAUCAUGCUCGCCACCGGCAAGCUGCCGCCGGACGCGCUGCCCGGCGACCUGGCCGGCCAGGAGUGCAUCCUCGGGCUGGAGUUCAGCGGGCGCUCGUCGCGCGGCCGUCGCGUCAUGGGCAUGGUGGCCGCGCGCGGGCUGGCCACCACCGUGCUGGCCGACGAGGGCUUCCUGUGGCCCGUGCCGCGCGACUGGUCGCUGGAGGAGGCGGCCACGGUGCCGGUGGCGUACGCGACGGCCUACUACGCGCUGCUGGUGCGCGGGCGCAUGCGCCGCGGGGAGACGGUGCUGGUGCACGCGGGCACCGGCGGCGUGGGGCAGGCGGCCAUCGCCAUCGCGCUGCACGCCGGCUGCACCGUCUUCACCACCGUGGGCACGCCCGACAAGCGCGCCUUCCUGCGCGAGCGCUUCCCGCAGCUGGAGGACGCUAACAUCGGCAACUCCCGCGACACCUCGUUCGAGCAGCUGGUGCUGCGGCGCACGCGCGGCCGCGGCGUCGACCUGGUGCUCAACUCGCUGGCCGCCGACAAGCUGCUGGCGUCGGUGCGCUGCUUGGCGCACGGCGGUCGCUUCCUGGAGAUCGGCAAGCUGGACCUCUCGAACAACACGCCGUUGGGAAUGGCUAUCUUUCUGAAGAAUACCACCUUCCACGGCAUCCUGCUGGACGCACUGUUCGACGCCGGCGUAGACAACGAGGAGAAGGCGGCCGUGGUGCGCUGCGUCACGGAGGGCAUCGCCAACGGCGCCGUGCGCCCGCUGCCCGCCACGGUCUUCUCGGACCAGCAGCUGGAGCAAGCUUUCCGGUACAUGGCGACGGGAAAGCACAUCGGCAAGGUGCUGCUGCGCGUGCGCGAGGAGGAGGCGGCCGGCGCCGCCGCGGGCGCCAAGCUGGUGUCGGCCCUGCCGCGCACCUACAUGCACGGCGCGCGCAGCUACGUGCUGGUGGGCGGCCUGGGCGGCUUCGGGCUGGAGCUGGCCGAGUGGCUGGUGCGGCGCGGCGCGACGCGGCUGCUGCUGAACUCGCGCGGCGGCGUGCGCACGGGCUACCAGGCCUGGUGCGUCCGGCGCUGGCGGGCCAAGGGCGUGCGCGUGCUGGUGUCGCGCGCCGACGCCGCCUCGGCCGAGGGCGCGCGCGAGCUGCUGCGGCAGGCCGCGGGGCUGGGCCCCGUGGGCGGCGUGUUCAACCUGGCCGCCGUGCUGCGCGACGCCUUCCUCGAGAACCAGACGCCGGACGACUUCCGCGCCGUCGCCAAGCCCAAGGUCGAAGCGACGCGCAUGCUGGACGCGGCGACGCGCGAGCUGGCGCCCGAGCUGGAGUACUUCGUGGUGUUCUCGUCGGUGUCGUGCGGCCGCGGCAACCCCGGCCAGAGCAACUACGGCUUCGCCAACUCCGCCAUGGAGCGCAUCGUGGAGCGGCGCCAGGCCGACGGGCUGCCGGGGCUGGCCGUGCAGUGGGGCGCCAUCGGCGAGGUGGGGCUCGUGGCGGAGACCAUGGGCGGCGACGAGACCGAGGUGGGCGGCACGGUGCCGCAGCGCAUCGCGUCCUGCAUGGAGGUGCUGGGCGCGCUCAUGGCGCUGCCGCACGCCGUGGGUGCCAGCAUGGUGCUGGCGGACAAGCGGCGCGCCAAGGCCGCCGGAGGGCAGCAGGACCUCGUGCACCAGGUCGCCAACAUCUUAGGAAUAAAGGAUCCGGCCGGAGUCUCGCAGUCCGCGAGCCUGGCGGAACUAGGAAUGGACUCUCUGAUGGGCGCCGAAAUCAAACAGACGCUCGAGCGGGGACACGACUUGGUCCUCGGCGUGCAGGAAAUACGAACGCUGACGUUCGCGCGCCUGCACGAGCUGGCCGGGGGCGCGGCCGACGGCGCGCAUGCCGCCGCCAACGGCGCCGUGGCGGGCGCCGGCGACUCCGUGCAGAUCGCGACGCUGGGCGAGCUGGUGCCCAAGCAGGUGGUGGUGAAGCUGCCGAGCGCGGCUGCGGCGCCGCCGGGCGCGCGGCCCGUGUUCAUGGUGCACCCCAUCGAGGGCGUGGUGGACCUGCUGCGCGGCGUGGCGGCCGGCGUGCGCGGCACGGUGUUCGGGCUGCAGUGCACGGCCGCGGCGCCGCUGCAGGACAUGAGCGCGCUGGCCCGCUUCUACGUGGCGCACGUGCGCGCGCUGCAGCCCGAGCCGCCGUACGCGCUGCUGGGCUACUCGUUCGGCGCCAGCGUGGCCGUGGAGAUGGCGCUGCAGCUGCAGGCGGCGGGGCUGGCGGCGCGCCUGGUGCUGGUGGACGGCUCGCCCGCCUACGUGGCCACGCACACCACGCGCGGCAAGGCCAAGCGCGCCGAGCGCUCGGCGGCCGCCGACGAGGCCGACGCGCUGGCCUACUUCGCGCAGCUGUUCGCCGACGCCGACGCCGCGCGCCUGGCGGCCGAGCUGGAGCGCCUGGCGGACUGGGACGCGCGCGUGCGCCGCUGCGUGGCGCUGCUGGCCGACGCCGCGCCCUUCCCGCCCGAGGCGCUGGCCGCGGCCGCCGCCUCCUUCUACCGCAAGCUGGUGGCGGGCGACACGUACCGGCCGGCCGGCCGCCUGGCCGCGCCCGUCACGCUGUUCACGGCGCGCGACAACUACGUCACGCUGGGCGAGGACUACGGCCUGCGCGAGCUGUGCGCCGGCCCGCUGCAGACGCGGCAGCUGCCCGGCACGCACCGCACCAUCCUGACGGGCGAGGCGGCGCGCACCAUCGCCGACCACGUCAGCCGGCUGCUGGCCGAGUAGGCGAGCCGCGGACUGCCCGGUCUCGUAGCUGUAGAAUACCGGAAUUGAACGAUGCCGUAUCCGAAUGGCAACGAGCGCGGCACCGUCCGUACCGGAGCGCCGCCGACGUUCGAACAGUGAAAUUUUCUGUACUAAAUAGUACACAA